ACACGUGGCUUUGGAGUCCCAUUUGUGGACUCUUCUUCAAUCUGUGGAGAUCGUCCUGAAGUCUGUUCCGGUCAGAGUUGCUGCACUUCUACCUUCGGAACACUCUCGGAUCUAGCUGUUCCUUCGCCGUUCCUCGUUUACCGAUCAUAUGGCCGAUCGCAGCUUCAGUGGCAAAUAGCAGUCGCGUAAUUAGGAAUGAAGAAGUCAGAGUGAUUGUGUCAAAUGGAAUAAGUCAUACAAAUAAAUCGGAAUAAUGAAGCUCCAACAAAUUUCACAAUUUUGAAACAACGGAAAAUAUUAUUUUACAAGAUAUUUCCGGCCACCUGAAAAAGGAUAGGACGCGCCUUGAAAAGUCUGAAGUAACCAAUCAGGAGAUGGACGGUAACAGUACAGGCAAAUCGAAGCAAAUUGUAGAGAAAGCAAAUAAACAUCCAGAUUGGUUACCUGAGGGCUGGAGUGUGGACGUCAGGACACGAAAAAGUGGUCCAAGUAUGGGAGCUGGGUACAAGUGUUACAUUGAUCCAUUGAAUGGAUACAAAUUUUACUCUAAGCCUGAUGUAUUAAGGUAUCUCAAUGCCCUUAAUGGAAAUGGGAACAGUUUGAAGAAGGGAUGCACUGUUACACAUUCUCCAAGCAAUAUGCAGCACUUGAUCCAUUCUUUCCACACUAUGGCGAAUCGUUUCAAGAAGUUGGAUGGU